AUGCCAGAGUCUCGUUCGUUAUCGGAAUUAACCAGACAAAUCGCUCCACCAACUAAGAACGGCCAUGCACCACCACCCACGGAAUCGAGAAAGAGCUCUCAAUCUGUCAAUCCUGUCCGUGUCCGGGCCGGCGGCAUCGCGGACGAGACGCGCGGCGGCGGCGUGGCAGCGACGGGCGGCGGCGGCGGCGGCGGCGGCGGCGGCCGGCGGCGGCAUCGCGACCCGGCGGCGCCUGGGGCGGGGAACGGCGCGCCGCGCGCGCUGCGCCGGGCUCCCCCCCACCCGCCGCGCGGCGGGGAGGCGAGGGACGCCCUGGCGGCGACGGCCGACCCCGGCGGCCGGCCCUUCCCGCGACGCCGCGGGCAAGGAGCCGGGACCGCUGCGCAGCUUCGGAAUUCGGACGGCGCGAGCCUUUCUCUCCUUUCGGGUUUCCGCUCGGGGUCGGGGCACACCGACGCGCUUUUUUCUCGGCCCUUUUCUCGCCACUCUCUCUCGCUUCUCUGGGCCUUUUCUCUCUCUCUCGCCCUUUUUUUGUUUCUCGGGGCCCGCGACCCGUUUUCGAGACUCGGCCUCGCGCUCGGAAAAAGUCGCACGCGCGUGGCUCGCGGGGACGGAGGCUCGGCUGGGGCUGACCCGCCCCCGAGGCCGACGCACCCCCGCCCGCCGACCGGUCGCGGGCGAGCGACCGGUCGCCGGCGAGGUUGGGGCCGAGCGGGGCCGCUCGGGAAGAGCAAAACCCGCCGCGGCGCGUCCCCCCACCGGGCCACGCGGAAAGCACCGGACGUGCUAGAGGAGACAGCGACCCGACGAGGCGGGCGCGGCCCGGACACCGAGGCCCCUUGCCAGACGGGGCGGCUCGCUCUGCAGCAGGCGGCGGAACGGCAAAGGAGCGCCGUGCGGCGUAGGGUGCGCGCGCGCGCGCGCCCCAUCGGGCUCGGGGGGCUCUCUGCUCGCUCUCUCUCCCCCGGCCGCACACCCCCGACACACGCAUCGGGCUUUCGUCCCUUGCUCCGAGACAACGAGUCACGACUCGCGCCUCUCUCUCUCUCCUCGCGGCUCGGCUCCAGCCGCACCGCCGCCCGACGCUGCUCGCGGCCGGCACACCCACGGGGCGCUCAAACCGGGACCGAGGCCGGCACCGGCAAAACCUCGCCUGCUUUCGAAGGACAACCUGGAAGGCUCGCGGGGCCACGCGGCCGUCACACAGCUGGGCACGGUCCAGACGCCCUUCCCCGGCAGCGGGAGGGGCGACGCCUCGCCUGCGACGGGAAGCGAAUCGAAGAGGAGACCGCCCGGCCCGAACACCGGACCCCGGCCGUGAGCUUCCCCAUGACAGAGAAGCCCCGGCAGAAAGCCCGGCCGGCCGGGGGCCCUCUCCGACGCCACCCGAGAAGCCUCAUCGAUCGGGGGCGGACGCGGCUGCAGAAGGGCGGAGGAGGCAGCGAAGCGGGGAGGCGAGAGCCCAGCAGCCGCAGAACCGCCCCCGGCCGAAAGUGCGGAACGCACCAACGGCCACGGCAGAGCCCAGCGCGCACGACCCGCCGACGGGUCGUGGCGGGGAGGGGGGGGCUCCGCGCGCGUGCGAGCGGGGACACGCGUGUCCCCGACCGAUCCCUCUCUCGCGGAUCGGUCCCGGCCGGGGAGAUCGGGGGGGUGCCGCCACCCACCCGCGGACAACGGUUCUCUUGGCCGGGCGACGGGAGGACGGGACCGCCGGGCCGGGGGAGGGGUGGGCUUCACCCUUCCCGGCCGGGGAACCGCGUCCGAGCGUGCGAGGAAACGGUGCCGCCACCGGCUCUCGCCCGGCCUCGCGGCGCGGGCUUCGGUCUCCCUCUGUGUCUCUCGCCUUCGGAAAAGCCGGGGGCCGCAAGAGGAAAAGGCCAUCGGAGGCCGGGCGGGCGGGGCGCCCCCACAGCACCCGCGCGCACGCCUUCAAAAAGAGCAACGGACCCGGGGGGGGCCGGGCAAGCCAGCCCCACCCCGGCAGAAGCGGGCUCGGUCGCCACGACCGAGGAAGGGCGAGGCGCCGCCGCCUACGCCCGCGACCUUCCGGGAGUGCUCUCUGCCGGGGCUCCGGUCCGUGCUGGUGGAAAAAAAAGGCUGCCCGCCGCGAGGCGGGUCCCCGGCUUAAGGCCGAGGAAGGGGGACGACUUCAACAAGAGGCGCCGCUGGCACGGGGGUGCCGCCACCCCGGCGCCACGGCUGGAUCGGGCGACCGCCGUCACCGAGCCCCCCCCCUGUCUCCGGCCACACGGCGAAGGCCGGGGCCAGGCCGCGGGUGCCCCGCCGCUGCCCUUCCGACACGGACACGCUGGCAAACGAGGUCGGGAGCGGGGGAACCGGGCACCGCCACCGCGGCGGGCCGACCGGGCCUUGCUCGGGGUUUGGGGGCUCUCGGGCAAGGGCCGGGGAAAAACCCCGGCCGCGUCGACCCCCGGCUGCCGGCCACCGGGCGACCAAGACCGGCAGCCGAAAAUAAACACCCGCGCCCGGCGGGCCCCGGCUUAA